AUGAAGAGCCUCCUAAGCUGGGUCCAUUGGGCCGCUGACUUCGUCCGCAACCCUCAUCAAGCGAGUCCCUAUACUCUAGAGUUGGGGGAGAUCUCCCCUCCACCUGCUUCUGAUGUGGUUUUACGUUCAAAGGAUGGUGAUCAAUAUCGCAAUCAGGUUGUGAUACUCAUAUCAUGUCUCACACUCACCAUGACUGGAUGUGGACUGGGUUUCGCAUUCGGAGUGUAUCAAGAACUAUACGAGACCAUCGACGGACCAUUCCAGGGUGCCAGCCCAGCUGCAAUUGAUCUCAUUGGGACACUUUCAGCAUCCUUGAUGACACUAGGGGCCCCGAUUGCAAGUAUUGGGUUGAAGAAAUAUGGUCCUCGUCCUGUGAUUCUUUUCGGUGGGGCCCUUUUUGCUAUAUCAGGGAUUGCGGCAUCGUUUGGUACCCAUCUUUGGCACUUCCAACUCAGUCAGGGAGUUCUUCAAGGAUGCGCAGCUUGCCUCACAUAUAUUCCCGCGGUUACAGUAUCCCCAAGAUACUUCCGUGAGCGGAGAGCUUUAGCCCUGGGUAUCAUAACAAGUGGCACUGGGUUUGGAGGAAUGAUCUGGGCGCCAUUCCUCCGCUAUUUGAUAUCUACCAUUGGGUUUAGACACACACUUCGAGCGGUGGGGGCAAUCGCAUCAGUGAUGACAGUUCUAUCCGCAUCAGUUCUGAAGGAUGCCGUUUCUACAGAAUCGGCCAGGGCCGCAAAUGAUAUUCAAAUUGAUCAACCCGCCUAUAUCAGAUCCAAGAACCCUGCAACAAAAGGAACUCUCAUUCGAUCUCCAAAAUUCAUCGCCCAUGCAAGUGGCACGGCCCUUCAAGCGGCAGCAUACAUGAUUCCAAUGUACUUCAUGUCGUCCUAUGCCAGGACAUUAGGGUACACCACCGCCGCAGGCGCAAAUAUAAUUGCCUUGAGUAAUGCAUGCAACUCAGGAGGGAAGAUCGUCAUAGGAUACUAUGCAGAUCGAUUGGGUCGCCUUAACGCCCUUGUGUGCUCGACUUUUAUCAGUUCAGUGAUCACAUAUUGCAUUUGUUAUGUCUCACUCGGCCCAAUCGGUACUGAUAUGCACCGUGUGCUGUUUGUUGUCUAUACUUGCAUGUAUGGGAUUACUGCUGGUGCCUAUGUCUCUCUGUUUCCCACAGCUCUGGUUGAACAAUUCGGUCUUUCCGAUUUUUCAAAAGUGAGUGGAUUUCUCUACAUGAUCCGCGGCAUGGGGACACUAUUCGGUACGCCUUUGGGCGGUAUGUUGGUAAGACAUGGCUCAAAGGGGGGGCAACCUGGUCUCAGCUCGAACUUUGAUAGAAUGUUUCUCUUUGUUGCGUUUCUACUUUGUGGAGCAACUCUUUCCGUUGCAUGGGCUAGAAGUCUGGAAAACAAGAAUGCAUAA